CUUUUGAAGUCCUUUUAAAAAGAUCAAGAUCUCAUUAUUUAUUAUUUAAAAUAAUGAGUCUCAUUAAAUAAUAUUUAUUUAAAAUAAUGAGUCUCAUUAAAUACGAUCAUCUUCCUCUCCAUCUUCGUCGAAUAGGGCUCCAUCUCCACACAGCAUCAGUUUUGAUUUCAAUGGAGGCUCGUCAAAGUGACAAGAAUGUACAAAGAGGAAAGACGGAUCCGUCUUGGGACCACUAUAUAGAGGUUGGAGAUGACAAAGUAAAAAAGAAACUUAAAUGUUUGCAUUGUUCUAAAGUACUUUCAGGCGGUUGUAUCCAACGUGUCAAAAAACAUGUCACUGGUAUACAAGGAGAAGUUGAGACGUGCAAACGUGUUCCUCUAGAGGUGCGAGAUGAGAUGAUUAGAUCCAUUGGUGAAUAUACCAAUAAGAAGAGGAAAUCACGUGAGUUUGCGACUUAAAUUUAUCCACAAACAUCAAGUGGAGAAAACAAUGUAAGCCAACCUUGUAGCCAAAUGCAGCCGAGUAUUGGACGUGGAAGUAGCUCUAGUUCAACAAGAGGAGAGGAGAUGGAGAUUUCGGUAGAUCGUCUACUUUAAAAGAUCGUUGUUUGCUUCCUCCAGCUUAUGGAUGAGCCACAUGAGUUAGACACAGAGGAGAUUGACUUAUUAAGGAAGGGAUCGGAUGGGUUAGCUGCUUGUUCUAUUGAAGAUGGUAAUGAAGAAGCAUUAAAUUUAGAUGUUCCAAAUGAAGAACAAGAUGAUGACAAUGGUGAAUAUGAAGAUGAAGAUGAUCCUUUUGAUCGUAUUCACGAGUUGAACAUUACUCCAGAGUUUAAUUAUGUUAACAAUCUUUGCAUUUGAAGUGUUUGUUUUAGACAUUGCUUGGUCUUGUUUGAUGAGUUGUAUUUGGGCAUUCUAUUAUGUUAGGUUUUGACAUGUAACACUCUUAAACUUAAUUUUUUGGGGACUAUAUUCAAGAAUUUGGUAUUGUGGGAACAUAAUAGUUUAAUUUGUAGUAAGAAAUAUGUGUAAAUAAU